AUGGAAUCCAUUCCUGUCACAGUUUCAUUGCUGCUUCAACAGAAAGCUACACAAGCACGUGACUUAACACUUUCAGAGUGUAGUAAAAUCAAACAAUUUGGUGACAUUUUUGGCUUUUCUGAGGAGAGUUAUACGCGUAGGAAGAAGAUUAAAGGACCCAACCCACUAUCAUGUAAGCACAAAUCAAACCGACCCCAUACCAUAAAAACGACGACAGCUAAACGAAAGCGAAAACGCAUCAAAAUGACAUGGGCAAUGAAACAAGUUGUCGAACGUUUGAAAGCAGAACUCGUUUCCUAA